UUUGAAUUUAUUUAAAUAACAAAAUAAUAAUAAAAAAAAACAAUAGUUUUAAUGUAUUAUUAUCAUGUCGAGGUUAACGAAACGCGUUUACGACGCACGCGCCAGUUAUCCGGAUCGAACUAAAUCCGAGGAGAAAUCAUUCUCCGAACUGAACGUACUAAUCAAGACUCUGGAUACGGCUCUACUGUUGCUCAGUUCUAGCGAAGAGUCUGUUCUGUUGACUGUUUUCAAUCACAUUAUGGAAUUUGCAAGACGACAGGAUGAAAAUGUUUUGGAAUUGAAGGAGCAUCAAAUGUUGGACUUGUUACUCGAUAAAAAUUUCUUUAUUAAUGCAGAGAGUACGUUGAUAAGACGUUUUGCCUUGUAUCUGAUAACCACACUGAUGGAUAAGACAGAUUUGAAUGAGUUUGAUACCGAGAAAACUGAACAGAUAUUAAAUGUGGCCUAUUCAUUCUAUUUGAAGGAGAACGAUGACUUUUGUAUUGAAUAUUUGACCUAUAUAGUGAAUAUGUGUCUACGUGAUCCGCAGGUGGCACAAAAUCUCUUGGAGAAUUAUGAGUUUCUGGAGAAAUUUAAAACUGUCUUUGUCAACUCGGAGAAUCCAGAUACAGUAUUCAAUUCCAUUGAGGCAUUGCAUCGUAUGUUGCAGGUGCAGAGUGCUGAGGAGAUGUUGGUCUUUACCACACAGCCGGAUUUUCCCAUUGAUCGCAUAAUAUGUGAGAUAACGAAUGAGUUUCCUGAGGUACGACAAGCGGCCCUCAAGUUGCUAAAGACUCUGCUGGCCGAUACCAGUGAUCAGAGUGUAUUCCAGCCCAUGAAUCGUGCCUUCUUUGUGCUGGAACAAUUGGUUAAGGCAUUCUGUCAGGAUCCACAGGGCAGCGAUGGCGUUGAGAUCAUUGAGGCAUUGGCCACUGCUCUACGUUCGGAGAAGAUGACCAAAUUGUUUUUCGACCAAAAUCUGUUCAAUUCGACUGUCGAGUGUCUUAAGGAAAAUUUGGAAAUUUUACCACUCGAAUUGCGUUGCACGAUAAUUUCGAUUUUCGCCGAAACAGCCAAAUAUCCCCAUUAUCUCUCGAGGAUGCACAAUGCAGGAAUAACGCAUAUGUUUAUCGAUUGCCUUAUGGAGAAUAAACCAGCUCCGGCUACAUAUGUUCUACUUGGGCUCAAUCGCAUGGCCGAUUAUCCGGAUGCAGUGCGUCUAAUUGUGGCCGAAUAUGAGUAUGGUGCCAUGAAGAAACUUUUAUCCAUAGUCCAAUCACUGGAUGUCAUUGUCAAGACACGCGAACAGGCAGCUGAGCUUAUGAAUCAUUUGCUAACAGUGGCAUUCCGGGAUACAGCUGAUAAGCUAAUCGAAUUGGAUAUACCAAACAUCAUGGCGCAGACUUUGCAACAGGGUUUGCCGGCAUUAUCCAUCGAUUUGAUUCUCUCCCUGUUGGCCAUUAUCGAAAGUCUCACUCAGAAUGGCGAAUACAGAGCGGUGUUGGGUCAAAAUCGUGUUCUAACCGAACAAAUUGCUCAGCUAUUGAUGCGUUCCUAUGCCCAUUCCAUUUUGGUUAACAAUAUUUUCCGUUGUCUUUGUACUCUAAUCGAUGAGGAGCCUGUCCGAUUGGUUCUUCUCAAUAACUAUAUAGUGUCCUCCAUUAAGCGAGCGUUGAAAUCUCUUUCCAAUUUGGUUAAAACCGCUGUAACAAAUUUCAUAUUGCAAACCACACGUUUCAAUGAAUUCAUCGAUGCCUAUAUAGAUCGUGGUAUCCUGGAAGUCUUAAUGUUAUUCCAGAAACAUGCCUUCUGUGUAUCCACUUGGGGUCCGGCCAUUGAGAGUAUAUUGUCUAAGUGCCCCACUAUGAAGUUUUGUAUACGUAAUUGUUUAAACUUUACGGAUAUUACGGCUGGCAAGGAUUUUUAUGUCGCACGACAAAAGUUUGAUGAUUUUCGCUUAUUUCAAGAAAUUUUACGUACAGAUUGUUCACCAAUAGAAGCGGUUCUAGUGGUGAAUUUCGAUAGACCCGAAGCGGAUGAAAAUGAUCUGGUGCCAGUGCCAUCACGUUGUCUGCAGGAAUUUGCUCUUGGAGGCGGCGAUCAGAAAUGGUGCUAUUCCAAGCGUCCAGCUGAUCCCAAUUUGCCUGCCUAUCUAGAAGCCCUGAAUCAAACUUUAGCCAUGCAUGGACUGGUUGAGAAUCCGGAUAAAAUUCGACGUAGCAUCGAUUUCGACAAUGUGGCCAAGCGUAGUAAAAUCCUAGCUGAGGCUGUGGCCGCUGUCAUGUCCGAUAAUCUCACAGUUUUGGAUCUGAAUUCCACGGAAGAGUGCUCCAAGCACCAAGUGCAUUGCCAUCUUACGGAUUUGCGUAAUAUGCAUCAUACGAAUUUCAUACCCUUGGGCAUGGUACGCAGUGGCUGCCAAUUCGAGAGGGCCAUCCUCUUCAAGUGCUUUGCCGAUCAAAUUGGCCUGCCCAGCACCUUGCAACGCAGCAUCGAUGGCCGCAUGUUGUACAACGAAGUGCCUCUGCCUGUGGAAAUUGAGCGGGAUGUCCAUUGCGAUAAGAAGACUCUGAAAUUUAUGCCUUGGCGCAUGCUGAGACCCACACACAUUGUGGAUCUCAUGUAUAAUGUGGGGGAAUUGUAUCCCAUGCAGAGUCGUCAGGCCUUGCAGUAUUUGCGUCUAUAUUGAUGGUACAACUCCUAAAAGGAUUUCAAUAUAUGUAGUAUAUCUAAUUACUACAUCUAAAUUUCAUAGUAAGCUUCAAGUAGUUAUGGUCUCCAUUUUAUAUUAUUAUCUUUAGAGGGGAUUAAAAGGCAAAAACAAUAAGUAAAGUUCUUGAAAAAUAUAUAUGUGAGUCUAGA